UUUUCCUAAUAGGGCCCGUGUCCCCUGCAGAGACACCUGCAGAGUGGCUUAUCGCGUGAAGGGCCUCUCUAUUUGAUGUCACCCUGCUAUUUUGCACGUGCCUUACUCAUUGAGAAGACCAUGAGCAACAGCUGUCACUCUCAGAGGCUGGAAACUGCCAUGAUUUACAAAGACAAGAAGUAAUUUUCCUGUAAUCACAAGAUGACUCAGGAUGGAUCAUGAAGCCACUCAGCUGGAGAAACAGCACGUGCACGACGUGUAUGAGAGCACCGCCCCCUACUUCAGCGACCUGCAGAGCAAAGCCUGGCCUCGCGUCCGGCAGUUCCUCCAGGAGCAGAAGCCUGGCAGCCUCAUCGCCGACAUAGGUUGUGGGACUGGAAAGUAUCUUAAAGUGAAUAGCCAGGUACAUACCCUGGGCUGUGACUACUGUGGGCCAUUGGUAGAGAUUGCCCGGAGUAGAGGAUGUGAAGUCAUGGUAUGUGACAACCUUAAUCUCCCCUUUAGGGAUCAGGGCUUCGAUGCCAUCAUCUCCAUAGGAGUUAUACAUCAUUUUUCUACAAAACAAAGAAGAAUCAGAGCGAUCAAAGAAAUGGCCCGAGUCUUAGUUCCUGGAGGCCAGCUAAUGAUUUACGUGUGGGCUAUGGAGCAGAAGAACCGACACUUCGAGAAGCAAGACGUGCUGGUCCCGUGGAACAGGGCCUGGUGCUCCCGGCUCCUCUCCGCGCCCCGCCGGCCCGGGAGGAGGCCGCAGUGCGGACCCGCGGGCCCAGGCCGUCCCUGCCGCCCCCCCUGCGCUGUGUGCAGCUGCCCUGUCUGCUUUGAGGAGCCCCGUGACCCGAAGCGGUCCCACAGCAUGGACCGCGACCCUGCCAGGGCCAGGGCGUGUUGUGCGCGUAUCUCGAAGGAAGGCGGGGGAGAAAAUGGAUUCUACAACACGUUGGGAAAAUCUUUUCGCUCCUGGUUUUGCUCCAGGUCUCUGGAUGAGUCGACGCUGGGGAAGCACCUUGAAAGAGGGAGACCCCUGAAAACCACAGGCUGGGCCGCUGGCACCGUCUCCGUCCAGCCUUCCAGGUACCCCAGUUUCGACAGAGCUCAGCCGUGGUCCGCCGGGGAGCAGAGUUUAGAUGAGGGCGUGUUUGUGGAGACCCCUGCGAGCCAUCUGGCGUGGCUGCGAGCACCGGCCACGGCGGAGCAUCUCCACGGAGACCGGCGGGGAGGCAGCAGGACAAAGGGCCACGGGAACUUUCUGCGUCGCAUCGGCUCCAGUGCGGGGCGACACCAGUGCGUGGCUGCGGGGACCUCGGCAGGAGGGAACCCUUCGAGCGAAACUCUGAGAAGGCUGUCUGCAGAGCGCACCCCCGACGCCACAAGCCCUGUGGGCGGACAAGGGCCGGGCGGCUCGGACCCCGGGGCCUGUAUGCGCUACUACCACGUGUUCCGGGAAGGCGAGCUCUGCGCGCUGCUGCGGGAGAACGUGUCGGAGCUCGAGAUCCUGAGCGCGGGGAACGACCAUGGCAACUGGUGCGUCAUCGCAGAGAAAAGGGAGGACUGGCACUGA